UUCCUCUCAGCGUGCGGGUGCCCGCCGCCGGAGAAGAACGACAGAAAAUGGCGAGUCAGUGCAAAAGGCAGCAAUGCUCCAUCGACAGGCGCGGCUUUCGGCAAGAACUUGACUCAUGGCGGCACAAACUUAUCCACUGUGUAGGUUUUGAGAGCAUUCUUGAAGGUCUGUUUGGCACAGAGCUGGUAGAAGACCUGCAAUUAUUUAAGGAUUUAGAGCCCGUUCCGGUGUCUGAUUGGUCAUUUGAUAAAAAUUGUUUAUUCUGCUGUUUUAGAAGAGAUAAAGUGAAGGAACACUUGAUCGGCUCGAGGAGCGAGGAGAGUCAAGAUCCACUCAAACCUCUCGUGGUGAAAGAUCAGACCACCAUCAGCACAUUAGAAAAGGAAGCUGAGGAAUUUCUCAAUGCAGUCCUCUGUAAUAAAGAUGUGCCAAGUUUCUCCAACCCACACAUUCCAGUAGUGGCGCGAGAGAUCCUCCAGAAAAUGAUCCGGCAGUUUGCCGCAGAAUAUACCUCAAAAACCAGCUCUCCUCAGGAUAGCGACUCCGCUCCCCAGCCAAACUCUGACCAAAGCCCGCAGACCCCGGCCUUGACUUGUGGGGCUCCACCUAGCAGCCCCGCCGGCAACGUGGCGGGGCCCGCACACAGCCACAACCCCGUCCUCAGCAAGCUCCUCAUGGCCGACCAAGAGGUCCCUCUUGACCUUACCAUCAAAAAGACUCCGUCUGAGCCCAGUGAACAAGAGGGAGUCCUUGACCUGUCCAUCAAAAAGGAUCGCCAUAGUGGCAGCAGCUUGCCGGUCCCCAGUCUGCGCCUUACGCCCAAGUUGUCCACAAUCAAAGGUGAGUGUCAAGACGUGUGCAUUGCGAAGGCAAAAGAACUCCAGUCCACCUCAACGCUGGAGCAGUUCAUGGCCAAACUCUGCCGCCAUCACCAGAGAACAAUUGUUGACGCCAUAGGUUUCCUGCAGAUGGAGCUCGCUGCCUCGAAAACACAGCAAAAUAGUGACUCUGCAGUCCAGGGAGCAACGCGCUCCACUCCAAAAUCCGGCACAGUCAUGCCUGAGAAGUUGUGCUCGAAGCUCGAGCCUCCUAGUGAAUCCACGGCAAAACUUGAAAUCUUGGAUAUGUCUUGUUCCAUCCAAAGCGGUAAUGUCACAGAAAUGGCUCCAGAGAAUGUCAUUCCAUCGACAACAUCUGUUGCUGCUUGCCCUGCGUUGGAUCUUCAUAGCGCCCGAUCAGGGACCAACCAGGCUCUUAUUCCCAUAGAAGCUGAGAACAACCGUAAUGGUGAUCAUGCACCUCUUAAGAUGAAAAUAAAGAAAAGCAGCAAUGUUGCUGCUGGAAGAAAGUUAUCUUGUGUGCUGACAACCUCGCUUACAUCUGACUCUGAAUCCCUGGAGGACAAACAAAGUAAAUCGAAUUCACUGAAUAGAAUGGACACUCGUAGCGCGAGAUUCAGCUCAUCUCUGAGAAGACAAUAUCAGCUCAGUCAAAUGUAUCACGCAAGGCAAAGCAGAGCUGUGUGGCGAGCCGAGGGUGGACCCACCAAACGCUGUUCAGUUCCUCAAUCUCUUAGAGCAGAUUCGCCACGAACUGCCAGGAAGACCAUCCGGCCAGCGUCUCAUCAACACACUCGACACUCUCCUUCUAGGACAGUGGAUCCUGAUCUUGGUCACUGUGACAUUGUUUACAUUGACAAACCAAUUACAGAGUGUUUUAAAGAACAGCGCCAUUUGAUCCCUCGUCGCAAUGCUAGAAAAAGCACCCGAGGACAUUUAUACUCUGAUGAAAUCUGGGAGUUAAAAACUGUCCGCACGUUGGCAGGCAGGGGCAACUGUCUAAAUUCCAUGCCAGAGUUGAUUACACCGAUUACCCCCAAACAAAUCCUUUCCAAGCCUAAAGGCGUACCCCCAGUCGAUAUGCCUUUUGCCGGAACAUGCAGAGAGACAAUAAGUGAAGGCACACGCUCUGAACAGUCUGAUGAGAGGAUAGUUCCAGGCACAGGAGACAUGGUCGAAGUGGCAGCCGGUGAAGUAGAAACGUCAGUUAUCGUAGAAACUAGUCAGACGGAUCAGGCUCAGAGCCAGUUUGAGACCCCCUUCUCAAAAAUAAACUCUCUGAUAGAAAAAACAGUAAGAGAUGGCACAACACACGUCGGAGCAGAUGAAGAACCAAUCCAGUUAAACCAAGACGAACCAUCCAACAUCAAAAAAGUGAGUGAAAGUGAGGAAAAUGUAGCACAUGCUUCAUUUGAAGAUGCAAGGCAAAAGGAAAAUGACCCUGAAGCUGAAAAGAAUGGAUCUAGAACACUGGCAGAAACGGCAGCAGUCGAACAAUCGGAGAGAGUCAGCAUCCAGAAAGCGGAAUCUCAGAUUUCAUGUGAGAAAAUAAAGAGCAAUGAGGUGGUCCCUCUCCCAACUCGCAUGUCAUCAUGCGUAAAUCGCGCAGAGAACCAAGAAACUGAAAAUGAGAAACCCAGGGAACCACAGCAGGAUGUCCUUUCUGAAAACAGACGAAAGCCAGGAAAGUACAUCACCUCAGCUUCUGCUGAAGACCCGAUAAUGAAUGAGCUAGAAAGUUCAACAACCGCCCGUGAAAGUACUGCGCCUGGAGCAACGUUAGAAGAACAAGAUGAUCAAUGUGACAUUUCUUCAAAGACACUUGAUACUCUCUUAAAGGAAUUACCUCCUUGGCGUCGAAAAAAAGGCACUGUUAUCUCCCUGCCAAAGAGGUUACAACAAGCAAAGACCGUAAUCGUGGGCUAUGUCAACGGAAGACCCAUAUCAGCCUCCGACAGAAGUCUGCGACGGAGAUCCAUCUCCAGUAGCCCGUCACCAAUGAAAGGCCUGUCAGUGAAACCAAGUCAGAAAGGACUGAAACAGGCUCAGGUUGACUCAACUGCAAACAAUAAUUUGGCGGAAAAUAUCCCUGAAACCGGAAUGCCCAAUGAAUCCAGACCUGAGUGGUGUCCACUGGUUUCAGCUUCUGACAUACCAGAAAAGCCAAAAAUUGAAGUCUCACUCAAAUCCAAGCCUAUCCAGCAACGCAAGCUCGUUCAGCAAGACGAAGCAACCGAAACCAAACGACAGCUAAGAUCGGCUGUCCAGAAAGCCGAUGAAACUCAUGCAUUAGCACCUUCUUCAAAUGGAGUCCCAUCCACUCCCCCUGCUCCUCCAGCACUGCCUCCAUUUUCUCCUCCCUUGGCAGAGUCAUUGCCGCCUGUAACACCGGAACCAUCGCAAAGCAGUACCGCCCAAAAGACACCGGCGAUGUUAAACAUUGAACAAACUCAAUUAAUAGAAGAAUGCCCGGCCCUGCUGGUCCGACAAAAGUUACGAUCUUCAAAGGUGGGAGGAAAGGAAAGCAAAGAUGAGAACCAGCCUCUCGGUGUGGAGUUCACAAGCCCAAUGGAGGAUCGGGCUUCCCAUAAGACCGAAACACCAACACAUGAAACAACAGUAAAACGUGUUCUUCGAAUGGAGCCUACGACCCAGAAAGCAAAUGUCUCGUCUCCAGAUGACAAUCCCGCAAGUUCACAUCUUACCGAUGCUUGUAGAGCAGACAAACCCUCAAGAAUGCCACUGAGGAGUGAAAGUAGCAGGGUUGAACAGUCCCCUCAAAUCCCAACAGACAAAAAGCUUUCUUUACGAUCACAGAGGUUGUCUCCACCGUCCACCAGUUUACUCUCAGCAUCUGGAAAGAACUCUGAAGUGACGUCGCCGGCCAGAACGCCUCCAGAGCAAAGAAAGAAAAGUCACAUGAAGGCCCCUUCGUUAUCCACCGCAUCAUCACUCUCCCAAGUAACGGGACUCAGACACCAGCCGCGCAAACAAAGAAACAAGUUCAUCGAGGCACUGGCAGGAGAGGAAAACAAACGGCUGCUCACCAACUUGAACAUCAAAUAUGAGAAGAUGCAGAAAGGCUGGCUGCAAAUGGAGCGAGAUGGCCAGAUCGCAGCAAAAUAUAGAAACCGAGCCGACAGACAGGCUGCCAUUUGGAAAAGUAAACGCAGGGCCCGCAAGCCAAAGACCUUAGAGCACCAGAGGUGCUCGCCCGUGCAAUUGCUCUUCAUGAAGGACUACAAUCUUUCCAGUAUUUGUCGCUGGUUCCUGGAAUCAACGGAAACAAAGUCUCUCAUCAUCGUGAAGAAAGUCAAUACGCGUCUUCCGUCUGAAACUCAGCUGUGCUUCCACAGCUCGUCCAGUGGUUCAGGAGCCUCUCAGGGCGUCUUUCCAAGUUUACAGGCAGAGCGCUUAAAGAAACAUCUCAAAAAGUUUGCUCUCACCUCUCCCGUGAAAAGCAACCCGAAAAGUCAGAAGCUGAUCGCAAAGGCCCUGGAGCAGGAGAUGACCUCUGUCAAAGGUAAAGAGAGGCGAGAACCCCUCAGUGCUGCUCAUGGUUUCAAUCAGUCACCCGUCGGUGUUGUUGCUCAGGGACAAGGUGAACCCCAGAAAUUUGUCGGGAAACCCAAGAAUCCGGCGAGCGCCCGGAUUUUGAGAAAAUACUCGAACAUUAGAGGGAAGAUGCAGGUCCAGCAAACCAACAUACGUUUCAAAGGGGUCUCCAAAAGCUUGGUGAAAAGACUUUGUACGGAAUCUGUUUCAAAGUCAGCCGUCCUUCCUCCUCUGAAUACACCGAAAAUAGUUGCCCUAUCUGCUGCAAAGACCAUCAAAGCAACCAAAAGGCUGAGAAGGAAAACACUGGCAAGAAAGAGGGUGAUGAGACAUCGAGCCGCCAAAGUUCAGGACGUCAGUCGGGUAAGAAGGUGUUCGCAACGACUGAGUUCUGCGGUCGGCUUAUCAAAGAGCAAAGCGGUCAAAAAAUCAUCGCAAGAUGACAAACGAGUGGAAAUGGUCACCACGAGCAAAGUGAACGCUGGCAAAUGUCAAACAAUUGACUCGCCGGAAAGACGAGAAAUCAAAGAUACCCCUGAGGCCGGCUCGCAAAGUCUGGACGUCAAGCCUCAGAGCGUUUCUGACCAGGUUCUGACAAGAUCCCAGAGAAAAAUGGAAGCGGCGUCAAAGAGGCCAAAGUUAGCCAAGGAACAAGCGUCUCUCAAGCCGGCCAGGAAGGUGGAGGACAUGAGCAAAAAAGGUGCCGUGAAGAGAAGUCGCUCCGCCGUGUGGCCGCGUACCAGAUCGCAGGAGCUCCUGGCAACCCCCGCGAAACGCACCAGGACGUCCAGAUGAAACUGACACGUUUCGUCUCGAAUCUUGAAAAGUCACACCUCAUCAAAGUCAGAAUGCAAACACGCUGGUUUGCUGGGUGUCGGUUCAGCGCUUCAGGGACCGCACGCAGACCACCGCGGCUUUUUUUGGGGUAGGGGCAUUGCGUUUUCUGACACAACUGGGCAAGACAAAAAAACCUCAUUUCUUUUAUUCGGGUGCUGUGGCCAGCAGGUGACACUAAACCAUAUCCCUCCGUUUUCUUUCCUCAUCAAAUAAAAACGUGACAUCCUCCCACCCGCCUUCCAAUCUCAGCCGAUGGCUGUCGUGACCAGGUGCCUUAUUUAUAAAGUGAACGAAUGUUUCUAAAUCGGAACUCUCUUUGUCCGUCUGGAAAACAAAAGCGUAUGCAAAUAAUUUCCUCGCUGACUUGUAUUUUUCUUUGCCCUCUUCCACAGCAUUAACGCUAUUGUCGUCGCAUUAAGUUGAAGUAUAUUGUUUUUUUUUCAUGGAACUGCGCUUUAUUUAUGUCAAGAUGCAUUCAAACACCCGAUGAGCUAGCCUGCCAGGAAAAUGAUGAACCAACCGCCAGGGAUGUUUUUGUUGCAGCAAGCCUGUGGUGCAUUAAAGGAACAUUCCGGGCUGUUGAAUUCACAUUUAUCAAUUUUAUCUGCUUCCUUUUUCAUCCUCCUUGAUGUCGUAAUGUGAAGCCAGAAGAUGAAUACCAGUUUUAGCAUUACUUCUAUUUCGUUUUGGUUGUCCCUACACAUGUAAAUGCAGACCUCACCCGACCCCCUUUAUUAUUAUUAUUAUUAUUAUUAUUAUUUAAUUGCUGCGUGUCACUUCCUAAAUGUAGCCCAUCUGAAACAGUCCACCAAAUACUCAAACUUGAACAUGUUUAAUCUCUACACUUGCUAUUUAAAUAUUUUUGUUUUUGUACAUUAGACAGAGAGAAGUGCUUUAUUUGUGGUAAUCUCAAGAGUGAACUGUGCUCAUGUUAAGAUGGUUGUAUUUUUGCUGGAGCUGACAUAAAGAUGGCUGAAUUUA